CUUGUUGGUGGAAGAAGGAAGUCAGAGCAGAGGCACUGAAAGGUGGCUUUGCUGAAAACAGAGGGUAGUGGAGAAACAUCUGCAGGUGACAUGGUGUCUCUGCAGCUCACCCUGCUGGCUGCUCUUCUCCUGGGGGGUCACACUGCACAAGCAGUCCAGGAACCCAUCUUCUUCCACCUCAUCCAGAUCUCAUACUUUGUCAACCAAUCCUGGACACAGCAUCAGGGCUCAGGCUGGCUGGGUGACAUACAGACUCAUGGCUGGGACAACGAGACUGGCACAAUAAUUUUCCUGCGUGCAUGGUCUAAGGGCAACUUCAGCGAUGAGGAAUUGAUUGAUAUAGAGCUUCUGCUCCGUGUCUACUUCAUUGGAUUAACUCGGGAGGCUCAAGACUAUGCCAGUCAAUUGCACUUCAAAUAUCCUUUCGAAGUACAGGUGGUAAUUGGCUGUGAGCUACAUUCUAGUGGCAUCGCAAAAGGCUACUUACAGGCAGCUUAUCAAGGAUCAGAUUUCCUGAAUUUCCAAAACAUGUCAUGGGUGCCGUCUUCAAAGAGUGACAGCAGAGCCCAAAGUGUCUGUGAUCUCCUGAACCAAUAUGAAGCCAUCAAGGAAACAGUGCACAGGCUCAGCACAAACACCUGUUUCCGAUUUGCCUUGGGUCUCUUAGACGCAGGGAAGGUGGAUCUCCAGAAGCAAGUGAAGCCAGAGGCCUGGUUGUCCAGCAGCGCCAGUCCCGCUCCCGGCCGUCUGCUGCUGGUGUGCCACGUCUCUGGCUUCUACCCAAAGCCAGUGUGGGUGAUGUGGAUGCGGGGUGAGAAGGAGCAGCUGGGCACCCAGAGAAGCGACGUCCUGCCCCAUGCCGACGGAACAUGGUACCUCCGGGUGACCCUGGACGUGGCGACACGGGAGGUGGCUGGCCUGUAUUGCCGAGUCAAGCACAGCAGUCUAGGAGGCCAGGACUUGGUUCUCUACUGGGGACACCAACUUUCCAUGUACUUGAUCCUGUUGGCUGUGAUAUUGCCUCUAAUUCUUCUGAUAGUCAUUGCAUUGUGGUUUAAAAAGCGCUGCUCCUAUCAAGACAUCCCGUGAGCUUCCUUGCCAAGCCUUCCUCAAUGGCCCAGGAAUCUAGGACAUCAGAGUGAUACCAUUUUUUCCACCCACCAGUUAAUUUUUUUCCUGUUUCUGCUUUAUAAUCAUCAGUUCACACAAACUACUCUAGUUGUAUCACUCUGUAUGGAAUGCCUUCCUUAUAAUCUCCAUUUAUUCAAUAGUCUUCGACUGUUGAAGCCCAUUAUGAUUCAUAUCUUCCAGAGUCUUCCCUAAUCUGUUGGUGGUAAGCCACUCAACUCUGUUCCAUGUGCAUCUCACUUCUCCCUGCAUGGCAGCCCCUUAGGUCUUUCUUCCCCUUCCAAUAUGCAAGCUCCUUUGGGACAAUGAUUACAAUAAAGAUGUGUUUUAUGCAGGUAAAAUGUGCUCAGUGAAAAGCAAACCCAAAUAAACCAUAUCCAAGUUGGAUUCACUGUC